AUGUGGUCCAUCAGCACAGACCUGAAAGGUUCCCCCACGAGCCCCUGGCCCGAGUCCAACUGGACUGCCCCACAGGAGUUCAUAAUCCUGGGCUUCUCGGGGUGGCCCCCGGGCCUCCGAGUGCUGCUCUUCGCCCUGCUCCUGCCACUCUACCUGGCCACCCUGGCAGGGAACCUGCUCAUCCUGGGCCUGGCCCUGGCCGAGCCUGCACUACACACACCCAUGUACUUCUUCCUGGGUGCGCUGUCGGCUGUGGAGGUGGCCUACACACUCGUGCUCACCCCGCGCAUGCUGGCUGGCUUCCUCCUGCCUCCUGGGGGCCAGGCUGUGGCUGCUUCCACCUGUGCUGCCCAGAUGGGCCUUUUUGUGGCUCUUGGUGGCUCCGAAUGCCUGCUGCUGGCUGCCAUGGCCCUGGACCGCUACCUGGCCAUCUGCCGCCCUCUCUACUACCCUCAGCUCAUGACCACAGAGGUCUGCUGGGCCCUUCUGGUCUGCUGCUGCAUGGGUGGCUCAGUCUUGGCGGCAGGCCUCACCACCGCCAUAUUCCAGCUGCCCUUCUGCCAUGGCGGCCUUGUCAACCAUGUCUUCUGUGACCUCCCAGCCGUGUUGGUGCUGGCCUGUGGGAACCGGGAGCUGCAGGAACACGUGCUCCUGGUAGCCUGCCUGCUGCUGCUGGUUCUGCCCCUGUUCCUGAUCCUGCUGUCCUACACCAGGGUGCUCGUGGUCAUCCUGGGGGUAGGGGAUGCUGCAGGCCGUCGCAAGGCCUUCAACACAGUGGUGUCCCAUCUCACAGUGGCUGUGCUCCACUACGGCUGUGCCACGGCCAUGUACGCCAGGCCCCUGAGCAGCCGAUCCCUGGAGGAGGACAAGCUGGUGUCCCUCAUCUACAUCAACCUCACACCGCUGCUGUACCCAGCCAUAUACACGCUGCGCAACCGGGACAUGCAGGGUGCCCUGCAGCGGGCCGUCAGCCAGAGGACUCCAGGGACGGCCCUCCAGGGAGAGCUUACCUAA